AUGCUCCUGUUGUCCUGUUGGCUUGUCCGGCACUCCAUGGUCAUGUGCUUGCUGCUUCACAGCCUGGUGCUGAUGUCACUCUGCUUUCACCAUGUGGAUACGUCCUGCUCCAAGCGCUGCUACUGCUCUGAGAGCGAAGGAUUAUCCGGAGGCAAGACGGUUCGCUGCAGCAACCUCCGUCUCACCGAGAUCCCACGAGACAUCCCAAACGACACACAACGACUUUACCUGGACUACAACCUACUAACCAGCGUCCCUACCAAUGCCUUCCAGGACCUACCUCUGCUAACUGAACUUGAUCUUUCCCACAAUGAGCUGGCGCUGCUCGAGCCUGGGGCCUUUCGAGGCCUUGCGGCUUCCUUGCAAUUCCUGGAUCUGUCCUCCAACCAGCUUGCUACGCUGGAGCCUGAUGCAUUUGAAGGCGUCAAGGCGCGAUCCAAUCUAACUGGCAACCCUUGGCACUGUGACUGCCGGCUACAGACAGCGCUUCCACGGCUCGACCUGGAGCCCGUUUCUCUCACGGGGAUUGUAUGCCAAACUUCAGAGCCCGAGGACUCCGGUGCCCAAGGUGUGCCCUUCCUGCUGGCCAAAGACCUGGACCUUUGUGUGGUGCUUAAAAAGACCACCGAUGUAGCCAUGCUGGUGACCAUGUUCGGCUGGUUCACCAUGGUCAUCUCCUAUCUGGUCUACUACGUGAGGCACAAUCAGGAGGAUGCCAGGCGCCACUUGGAGUAUCUGAAGUCUCUGCCCAGCAAGCAGGGCAAGUCUGAGGAGUCUUCUACCAUCAGCACUGUGGUUUGA